AUGUCGACUAAAUCUUCGUCGAUUCCACCGGUUCAUCUGCAGCCUCCAUCUGUUGACUAUAUUGAUAAUCAACUUCCAGAACACCACGGCGUCUUUAAAAAUACAAAUUCCCACUACGAUCAUACUGUACAGAAAUAUGUGCGAGAUGAAUCUGGCAAAGACGGGAAAAGCGUGGUCGGAAACCAGGACAAGGGUCAAACCGAGAACCAACUAAGUCCGACAUCUCAACUAGGAGAUAUUGGAGAUCCCGAAAAGUUUUGGGGCCUUAUUUUCCCCGAGGCAAUUGCGGCAUUUACCACCAAGUAUCCAAAAGAACCUGAUGGGCUCGAGAAACUAGGAUAUCGCAUCCGAGACCAGACGACAUGGAAAAGCAUCAAUGCCCAGCUCCACAGGGCGCGUGAGGUUUACGAUGGUACGCAAGUAAAUUUUCAGGGUCGUUGCAAGCGAGCUCUGCGCAAAUUAGGUGAUAGUGCUAUUGAACCGACAUCGAAUGUCGUCAACCUCGUUCCCAACAUUGAAUACAUCUCUCCUGUGCUUGGAGCAGUGCAACUACUUCUCAACGCGUAUAAAGUGGCAUCUGAAGUGCGAGAAAGAGUUACGUCCAGCUUCGAUGAAGCGGAGAUCCAAGAACUCUUCAACGAUGCCGAGGUCUAUUUGAUUACGUUUCCAGACAGUAGCAAGGUAAAAGAUGCAACUAUCUCACUGGUAGUGACAGUAAUGAAGGCCAUCGAGGAUGCUAUCGUAUUCUUCUUGUCUAAGCAAAUAAAACGGCUUCUAUCCGCUUUUUAUCGUGGGAAAAAGGGAUACCAAGAGACUCUUCUUAGAAGCCUCGAGGCUAUUAAGAUUAAUAGUGAAAAGCUCAUUCAACAAGCACAGAGUGCACACCUCUUGUACACCCAGUUCAAUCUCGCAGCCAUUCGAACCGAAGCUAAACGGUUUCAUAAUGAUGCCAAAGAACAAUCGAGGUAUACUACACUAAUGCUCAACGAUAUACAUGAAGUCUCCCUAGAAGCAUGCAACAAUGUCCUUAUCAUGCUUAAUGAUGCCGAAGAGAACAAAAAGCGACAAUUACAGAUUUUAGCCAACCAAGAAAGUAUACUCAGCAGACUGGAAGAGAUUUCCAGAGGAUCAACUCCAGUGCCCCCAGAGACUCUACCAUGGCCAACCCAACAAACGUCGAGCUUCAAUUCUCAGUUCCAGUUCAAUCCAGUUCUGCCAAUGAAUUAUCAACAAUAUUUUCAACCAGGACAGCAACAGAUCUCUCUACACACUGGUCAAAUAGGCUGGUUCGACAGCUUUCCUAAUGCAGCCCAACAGAGGCCUGUAUCGCCACAGCCGAGGAUCGUUAGCUCUUCGAUCAUUCUGGAUUUACUGAACAUCCCACUCGACCUAGACAGUGUAGACCUGCUAGCUGUCAAGGAAUACAGUUAUCGACUACCAAGGAAAUACCACACCCGUGCCGUGCAAGUGACCCAAACACGAGAAUUCCGCCAGUUCAUCGUCGCUCCCACCUCAAGACGACUAUUAAUCCACGGCCACUUUUCGCCACAGAAUCUUGAUACAUGGCGAAGUUCUCCGCUGUCUUUUUUCUGCCUCUUACUGGUGAAAAUGCUCCGAGAGAGAGAGAGAUACAUAACUCUGGUGUUCUUCUGCGGGUUCCAUGUUGAGGAAGAAGACAGCAAUGUUGGCGGCGCAGCGAUAAUCAGGAGCUUUAUUGCUCAGCUGCUACAGCAAAUACCAUUUGAGUUUAUGCCGCUGGAUAUGGCGAUAGACUUGGAUAGUAUUUCCAAGGAUGACUGCAAGAUCUCGCAUUUAUGCGACCUCUUUGUCUCUCUGGUUCGACACUUGCUCCGCCAAGAUCGCACUCUUGUGUGCAUCAUUGAUGGUAUUGGGGAUUAUGAAACUGAUGAACUGGAAUCCGAUAUGCUACCUAUUGUGAAAAUGCUUCUUGGAUUUUGCAACGCGGCCGAGCAUAGCAAUGGAGCAGGCCCGCAACAUGGUGAUGUUAAAGUACUGGCCACAGCUCCGUUUUCCACAGAGUCAGUUCAAGAACUCUUUAUCGGUGAAGGAAACGAAGAUGAAGACGAUUUGCCAUUUCUAACAAUGGAGAGCUUUCCGGAUGUAAACGACACUGUUGGCAUAAGCAUGCCGUCGUUUUCACUGCGCAGGGGGAAUACAGAUGAGCUCGAUUGA